UCAGAAGCGAACCCACACUUCCGAAAAUGUUAGGAGCUGCCCUGGGCUCUCCGUGGGGCCUCUGGAUCUGGAGCUGCGUUUUACAUCAGAGCAUUAUCGACCGAGUGGAACUUUAGUGUUGUGGUGGCGUUUCGAUCGUUUCAUCCAGGCUUCGUCAGAUCUGCCAGGCGCGAUGGGGGCUGGAGCUCUUGCCAUCUGUCAAAGUAAAACAGCGGUUCGGCUGAAAGAAGACAUGAAAAAGAUAGUCGCGGUGCCGCUACACGAGCAGCGGAAUCCCGCCUAUACCAAGCUGUUUGGAGUCAGUCUCCAGGACCUUCACCGGCAGGGGCUGACCGAGAACGGGGUUCCAGCCAUCGUGGGGAGCAUCGUGGAGUACUUGACCCUACACGGACUCACCCAGGAAGGCCUUUUCCGGGUGAAUGGCAAUGUCAAGGUGGUGGAACAGCUUCGAUGGAAAUUUGAGAGUGGGGUGCCCGUGGAGCUGGGGCGAGAUGGGGACGUGUGCGCGGCGGCGAGCCUGUUAAAGCUCUUCCUGAGGGAGCUGCCCGAGAGUGUGAUCACCUCCACGCUUCAGCCUCGCUUCCUUCAGCUCUGUCAGGAUGACAGAAAUGAUGCUCAGGAGAGUAAGUUAAGAGCCUUAAUAGAAGAGCUGCCAGAUACCCACUACUGCCUCCUCAAGUACCUUUGCCAGUUCUUGACAGAAGUAGCCAAGCACCAUGUGCAGAACCGCAUGAAUGUUCACAAUCUUGCCACUGUAUUUGGGCCAAAUUGCUUUCAUGUGCCACCUGGGCUUGAAGGUGUGAAAGAACAAGAUCUCUGCAACAAGAUAAUGGCUAAAAUAUUAGAAAAUUAUAAUACCCUGUUUGAAGUAGAAUGUAUGGAAAAUGAUAACCAGAGGUGUGAAAACCUGGCAAGGCUAAUCAUAGUAAAAGAGGCCAAUUGUAAGAACAUCCUUCUAACAAAAGAUUUUGAAAGAGACACACAAAAGCCAUCUCCAAAAACCAAGAUCCGCAAAUCCAGUAGUGAGGGAUCUAUUUGGACCCACAGGGCACCACGCCCAGAGCUGUCUGAGGGCAUUCCUCAGGUCAGCCUGCAGCUAAGUCGGAGAAAAUCCUGCUGGGAUGACAUGAGUUCAGCAGAGGAUGCUAAUGCUGCCAAGUUGCUGUCCAGCCUGUGCCUGCCUGUGAUCAAACACCUCUUGAAGGCAAGGAACAGUUCGCAGGAAGAUGAAAGACCUAUGUCACCUUUCUAUUUGAGCAGUGCCCACGUGUCCCAAGUCAGCAGUGUGUCAACAACUGGAGAGCUCUUAGAAAGAACCAUCCGGUCAGCUGUAGAACAACAUCUUUUUGAUGUUAAUAGCUCUGGAGGCCAAAGUUCAGAGGACUCGGAAUCUGGGACAUCAUCAUCUUCCUCCACAUCCACCAAACAGCGACGACGCCAGGCUAAGGAACAGGAUGAAAUUCGACACAGCAGAGAUGUGGGACUUCUCAACAAAGAAAAUAUUCCUUCUGGCUUCAGCAAUCUGGAUGAAUGUAUGUUGAAUGCUCAUGAAGUGGAAAAAUUAUAUGAAAAUACUUCUGGUUAUAUUGGAGAAAGGGGUAAACCUAAACGUCAGAAAUCCAGUUCCAAACUUUCUGAGCUCAAUGAAUAUCAAGAUGGUCUUGUGAACAUGGAAAAUCUCAAUCCCACACCAUCUCAUGAGAGGACUGGAUCUGAUCAUGUUGAACUGAUGUCCGAUGGAAGCAGAGAAAAUGAAAAGGACAGCAGACAGACCCAGCAUUUUGAGAGCCCCACAAUGAAGAUCCAGGAGCAUCCCAGCCUGCCUGACAGCAAGCUGCAGAGGACUCCGGAUGCUGAUGACCAGCAGGAGAGCUUUGUGUCCGAAGUGCCUGAGCUGGACCUGACCGCACUGUGUGACCAGAAGAGCUGGGAAGAGCCUAUCCCUGCCUUCUCCUCGUGGCAACAGGAGAGCGUGGACGCUGACGAAGCACACCUCUCCCCGCAGGCCGGGCGCCUGAUUCGGCAGCUCCUGGAGGAGGACAGCGACCCCAUGCUGUCCCCCCGCUUCUAUGCUUACGGGCAGAGCCGGCAGUACCUGGACGACACAGAAGUGCCUCCUUCUCCCCCCAAUUCCCACCCUUUCAUGAGGCGCCGCAGCUCGUCUCUGGGCUCCUACGAAGAUGAGCAAGAGGACCUGACACCCGCCCAGCUCACUCGAAGGAUUCAAAGCCUUAAGAAGAAGAUCCGGAAGUUUGAAGACAGAUUUGAAGAAGAGCGGAAGUACAGACCUUCCCACAGUGACAAAGCAGCCAAUCCAGAGGUUCUAAAAUGGACAAAUGACCUUGCCAAAUUCCGGAAGCAACUUAAAGAGUCCAAACUGAAGAUAUCAGAGGAGGACCUACCCCCCAGGAUGCGGCAGCGAAGCAACACACUCCCCAAGAGUUUCGGCUCCCAACUUGAAAAAGAAGAUGAGAAAAAGCAAGAGCUGGUGGAUAAAGCCAUAAAGCCUAGCGUGGAGGCCACACUGGAAUCCAUCCAGAGGAAGCUCCAGGAGAAGCGGGCAGAGACCAGCCGUCCCGAAGACAUUAAGGAUAUGACCAAAGACCAGAUUGCUAAUGAGAAAGUGGCCCUGCAGAAAGCUCUGUUAUAUUAUGAAAGCAUUCAUGGACGGCCGGUGAGCAAGAAUGAGCGUCAGGUUAUGAAGCCACUGUACGACAGGUACCGCCUGGUCAAACAGAUCCUGUCCCGAGCCAGCACCAUCCCCAUCAUUGGUUCCCCCUCCAGCAAGCGGAGAAGCCCUUUGCUGCAGCCAAUUAUCGAGGGCGAAACUGCUUCCUUCUUCAAGGAGAUAAAGGAAGAAGAGGAGGGUUCAGAAGACGAUAACUACACAAAGCCAGACUUCAUGGUCACCCUGAAAACCGAUUUCAGCGCACGUUGCUUUCUGGACCAAUUUGAAGAUGACGCUGAUGGCUUUAUUUCCCCAAUGGAUGAUAAAAUACCAUCAAAAUGCAGCCAGGACACCGGACUUUCAAAUCUCCAUGCUGCUUCAAUACCAGAACUCUUGGAACACCUUCAGGAAAUGAGAGAAGAAAAGAAAAGGAUUCGAAAGAAACUUCGUGAUUUUGAAGACAAUUUUUUCAGACAAAAUGGAAGAAAUGUCCAGAAGGAAGACCGCACUCCAAUGGCCGAAGAAUACAACGAGUAUAAGCACAUUAAGGCAAAACUGAGGCUCUUGGAGGUGCUCAUCAGCAAGAGAGACACUGAUUCCAAGUCCAUGUGAGAGAGCCAGCCCCAUCCGAGCAAGGGGGGUGGGGGAACGCAGGGGGAAUGUCCCUCCUCUCUCCCCUCCCCGCCUCCCCUGGUAAACAGCAGCUGGGCAGAAACUGGAAGGCAGCCUUGGAGCUGGACCUGCGCCCUCCUGCCUGCAGGGGAUCAGCCCGUUUCCAUUGCCUGCCUUGGAAACCAUCUAGGUGGAAGGAGGCCACCUACCCCCAUGCCGAAAUUUUGCAAGGGAAAGUCAAGAUCUCCGCACACCUGUGUGCACACAGACACACACACAUACACACACACUGCAGUGGAGGCUUGCUGACACUGGCAGAGAUGAAUCACUACAUGAAGACACACUCAUCUACAGAGGAUGUACACUCUUCUUCCUUGGAUAACUGAGAAACAGCGUUCUCUGUCUAACUGUGACAAUAACAAGCUCAGGACUUCACUCUGGAGAGCGAACUUACUGUGCACAUUCGUGUUCUCUUCGGAUCCCAUCCAGUGGGAACCUGCAUCGGAGCCCUGUUUGCUGCCUUGGCCAUUCUUGUGACCUUCCCACGGAGCCCCGCCUUUCCCCACUUGUGUGAAUUGCUUCUUCUUCAGCUCUCGGGUAGAUGGAAGCUGCACCUGCCUGGGAUAACAGUGCAGUCCUCUAUCUGAUGUCGUGUUUCUUCGAGACAUCCUCAGAUGACAGAGAACUGAUCCCUGACUAGGGCUGGACCAUCAGCAGAGGACAGCUGGGAUAGAGAAGUAGUUAAUAUCCGUGCUAAUUUUUCAGUUAGGCAACAGUGAAGAGAAUUCUUUCCCGCACGUUGACUACACUUAGCAGCUUCAGAAUUUAUCAUCAAACACUUAAGCAAGGGGAAGGCCAACAGCCUAUUUGGUUUGGUUUUGGCUCUAGCCAGACAAAAGGGCCUUGCUUAAUUCUUAGCUUAAGUGUAGAGGAUCGUGAGAGAGAAAGAGCCUGUAUUUUAAGCUUUCUGUGUACUUACCAGAGUUUAAUUUUUUUUAAGUGAACCUGCACUAAAAAUCUUCUCUAACUGAAGAGUAAGUAUAGGCCUCAGAGCACAUCCCAAGGCAGAACCUAAAUCACACUGUUUUCAAGAUCCUGUAUAAAGAGAAAAGAAUGGUGUGUGGCCAGUUACAAUUACAGUUUCUUCAAAGACAGUGUUGCAGAACUAUCUGUAUUAGACAUUUUGGAGGGACCAGGGAAUUUAAGACACCAAAUCAUCCAUCACUUCAGUGUGCUGAUGUUAUCUGGUGAUGGGUUGGUACUUUUUGACCUUCUGUGUCUGCAGUAAGGAAAAUAAGUUCUGGUUCUGCCUGUAUAUCGUAACCCACCUCUGUGCUCUGGGAGGUUGAACACUGGUGUCUGCCCACCAGCCACUGGUUGCCAAGAGAAGGUGCAGGGUGAACAAGACAGCAAAGGGUACCAUUUUGUUUUCUUUAAUAAUAAUAACAAUGGAGAAAAGUCUUCCUGAUCAGUUGUCACUUUCCAAAGUGGGCUCUUGAGAAACUGGUCAGAUUAGGUUUGUAGCAGCAUUUUCCAUUCUGAGGUAGUGGCUCUCUGUUGGUUAAAAAUUGUUCAAGUUAGGAGUAGGGGGAAAAUACCUUUAGGUUUGCUCCUUAAUCAUCUAGAAGCACGAGCUGUAUGUUGAAAGCACCCUGGUUUAAUCCACACACUUAAAAACGGUACAUAAUCCUACAAUAUAGUUAGUUUGGUAUUCUCUGCUCUACUGUUUACAUUGCAGAUUGCUAUAAUUUCAAGGAGUUAUAUUAUAAAUGAAAUGAUGCACUUUAGGAUGUUUUCUAUUUUUGAAAUCUGAACAUGAAUCAUUCACAUGACCAAAAAUUGUAUUUUUUAAAAGAAAUACAUGUCUCGUUUGUCCUUUUUAAGUAAUUACUCUCUCAAAUAAGCUAUACUAUAAAUCACAUCAUUACCAGUUAACUUUCAAAGCACAUCUGUCUACGUAUUGUUUUGAAAAUACUAAUAUGCUACAAAACUUUCAAAGAGAAAAGGCUAUAUAAAUGAGAAGUUACAAAAUGUUUUGCAAUCUGUUGUUUCUGCCAAAGGUAAAUUAAGUAGAAGAUUUAUUCAGGAAUCCCCUUUGAAAUUUGUAUGAUUGAAUAAAAGUAGACACCAAGUUAUAGUAAAAUAAA